UACACUUUUCGCGACAUAUACACAUCUCCAGCUGUGUUGUUAUUUGUCCGUCUCUGUCUGCGUUUUUGUUUAACAAAAGCAUUGUUCGCGCGCGCAAUGCAGCCAGAAACUGCACUAAGUGGUCGAAACGAAAAGUAACAAAAAAUGUAGUUAAAACAAUUGGGCAAUUAGUUAUUGGAGUGCUGCGCAACACGGUGCUACGGCGUUGUUGUUGUUGUUAUCGUUGUAAUUAGCAAACGGAGAAUCACAGCAACCAACAAAAAAAAAAAACCAGAAAAACAUCGUAAGCGUCAAAAUUUGUUUGUUCCUUCAACGAGUAUACACUAAAAACAAAACAAGCUUAACUAGAACGUUUGCAAAUUGGGUGAGUUAUUGUGCAAGAAAUUUCAGCGACAAGCGGCAGCGGCAGAAGCAGAAGCAGAGCAGCGUAACAAAGGACGCGCAAAGCUUUCAAUAUGAUCAGCAGCUUAUUUUCACGGCUAAUAAUAUUGUUCUUCGGCACUCUAUAUCCGGCCUAUGCCUCCUACAAGGCGGUGCGCACAAAGAAUGUCAAGGAAUAUGUCAAAUGGAUGAUGUACUGGAUUGUCUUUGCAUUUUUUACAUGCAUUGAAACAUUCACGGACAUAUUUCUAUCGUGGUUCCCAUUUUACUAUGAGGUCAAAGUGGUAAUUGUCUUGUGGCUGCUAUCGCCAGCCACAAAGGGCAGUUCCACAUUGUAUCGCAAGUUUGUGCAUCCCAUGCUGACGCGACGCGAACAGGAAAUCGAUGAGUAUUUGAAUCAGGCACGCGAACGCGGCUACUCAGCGGUGCUGCAGCUGGGAUCUAAGGGUGUUAACUAUGCCACAAACGUCAUCAUGCAGACGGCCAUAAAGGGCGGCGGCAACUUGGUGCAGACCAUCAAGCGCAGCUACAGCCUCAGCGAUCUGAGUGAGCCCGAUAUGCAUCGCACCCAGGAUGAACUGGACGAGGUCAUGUCUUCAACAUCAACAGUGAUGAUGCGUCCCCAGCCAGGGCGACUGCUGCGUCAGCGCCAUCAGACGCCGGUGGGACGUUCCGCUAGCGGCACACGCCACUCAACUGGCAUGUACUUUGGCGAGGUGGAUGUCAGCUCCAGCUCCAGCUCCGCUGCUGCCGGCAAACAUGCUGGCGAUUUCAACUACAAUAUACGUAGCACGGAUGACAUCAGUUCGGGCUAUUCCAGUGCGGAGCCGGUUAGUGCCCCACUCGCCAGCGGCCUAAGUCGCACCUCAUCCAUGACAAAUGCUUCCAAGGGCCGUGUGAAGUCAAAACGGAACGAGCAAAUGCUGGAAGAUAUGCGCGCAGAGGUAUAUUUGGAAAAUGAGCGCUACUUUCAAAUGGCCAGAGCGCAACAGCUGAAGAGUAAUGCCCAGAGGCAGUUGCAGAUUGUGGAGAGCGAAGAAGAGAAUGACAGGAACUACGAGAAGCAGGAGGAGGAGGAGGAGGAAGAUGAGGAUAGCUUCUAUGAGGCAAUGAAUGCAUUAGAAGCUGUUGAAAGCAUAGCUUCAGCACAGAGCAUAGAGUCAGCUGACACGGACGAACCUGCUGCAAUUGAAGAGCCAGGCAAGAGAAUGGAAACAGAGGAGCUCAGCGAGAACGAGGAGUCGUUUAAGGAAGCCCUGAAUACAGCACCAGCUGAUGCGGAAAUCAAUUUGGGCGCCUACCAAAUGAAAUCCAUUGAAACGGCCAACAAAGCAGAUGACUUUAAAGCACUUGUGGAUCCCUUUUUAUUGGUGGUAACCGAGUCCAAAUUGGAAAUGGAAGCAGCGGAAGCAGCCAAUGCAGAUGUUAAAAAAGCGCAAUCCGUGUCACCACGUGAGUUGGUGGCUACGCUGGAGGAGAUCAAGCACAGUUUUCGCGCGCAGUUGGAACCGGAGACAUCACCACUGCGUCCCAAGGCACAGCAUGGCAAGGGGCGUGCACCGGCGCCGCCUGUGCCGCCAUUGCCGCCACGCAAGGAAUCGCGUGCAGCGGACAAUGUGAGCCUCAACUCUGUGACGUCCACGCAAUCGGAGCGCAGCAAGUCAGGUAUCGGCUAUCUAUUCAAAAGUAUGAAAGAUAAUGUGCUGCGCAAAGCUAAUCAGCAAACGGAUGAGGCGCUCAGCAGCAGCUCAGCCAAAGAAACGUCCAUUUGAUGACAAAUCCAUGUCCGCUAGCUGCACCACCUUGCCCCGCAGCAGCAGCAGCCGCAAGGCGGACAAAGCUCAGGCAACGACUGCUU